UAUAUAUAUCGUCCUUUACCUUCGACAUGAUGUCUUCAUUCUCUCUCUACCCCAUUAAUGGUUCUCUUCAUUUUCUCUCUGUGAACACAUCCUAUCGCCAUAAUCACGACAUCUGUGUGCAAUUAUAUAAUAUAAUAUCGACCUCUAUUGGAAUAUCACAAACAAACUUGUUCUGGGUCAUCGUCAUCAUCUCGAUCACUUCACUGUAAAUGGCGAAAUUCAAGAGGGUGGCGGAGGCGUUCGACGAGGCGGCCGCUAAGGCGCGGCGGCUCUGCGGCGGGGAUCAGUAUUCGCCGCCGGAGACGGCGGAGGAUCUGUCGGAUCUGGUGAAGUCGUUUAUGGAGAGAGGAGAGGAGGGAGGUUUGGGUGAGGAGAGAGAAGGGAAUAGUAUCGGAUCUGAAUCGGAUGGGGAUUGCAGUGAUUGGGAGUUGAGAGAUGAGUUGAGUGCAUUGUUGGGAUGUGGAGAUGAUGAUCAAGUGAAGAGAAAUAUUCGUGAGGAGGUGGAAAAAGCGUGUGGAGGCGUCGGAAAUGGUCUGACGUCACCGGGGUUUAAACGUCGGGUUGUGGCUCGGUUGCGGGACAGAGGUUUUGACGCCGGUCUCUGCAAAUCAAAAUGGGACAGAAUCGGCCGGUUCCCAUCAGGGUCACACGAGUACAUGGACGUUACCGUAUCCGGAACCCGCUACAUAAUCGAGUUUUCCCUCUCAGACGAAUUUUCCAUAGCCCGGGCAACGGAGUGCUUCUCUUCACUCCUACAACUUGUUCCUCCAAUUUUUGUGGGAAAAGUGGAAGAGCUCAAACAAGUGGUGAGACUACUGUGCAAUGCCAUCAAAGUCUCUAUGAGGAGCAUGGACAUGCACGUGCCCCCUUGGAGGCGGUUCGGGUACAUGAAAGCCAAAUGGUUUGGUUCUGAUUUUGAAAGGACAACCGGUAAAGUCACGGUUGAAAUGAGUUCGGGUCCUGGGUCAGACUUGGGUAGACAGAGAUCGGUUGGGUUUGGGCCGGUGCCGUUGGCUUUUUCGUAUCACUGCAGGGAGGAUUUCGCAAGUAAGGUUGGUCUGAAAGUGGGGCAGCUAGCCGUGGCAUUUGAUGGCGCCAACAUACUCCUGUAAAUAAAAUGAUAAAUGGGUUUGGGUCGAUAUUGGCACCACUGCUGGCGGUUAUAUUGGUAAAUGAUGAGUAGUUUAUGUGAGGUCGCAAAAAGACUCUUUUUUGUUUAAAUUCUUGGUUGGAAGCCCAGAAAAUCAAGGUUUCUGGAUGCAUUUGUUUAGUAGGUACUAGUUGAGUUUUGU